UAGCCAAAAGUAUUUGUAGUAACUGAAAAUGGAAAAUUUAAUUUCUAUUUCAUCAACUUCUUCACAACCAAACACACUUCAAAAAAUCCUUCAAUACAUUAUCCACAAUCGUCAAGAAUGUUGGAUUUAUGCCAUCUUUUGGCAAGCAUCUAAAGACAUCAAUAACCAUCUUAUUUUAUCAUGGGGUGAUGGCCAUUUUCGCGGAACUAAGGACACAGGUUCCGCGAAAAUAGACCAUGGGCAAAAUGUUAUGGAUUCAGAGUGGUUCUAUAUGGUAUCUAUGCCACAGUAUUUCGUGGCCGAGGAUGACCUCGUAGUACAAGCUUACGCCUCGGCCACGUACGUGUGGCUAGCUAGUUAUUAUGAAAUGCAACUUUAUACUUGUGAUAGAGCUAAAGAAGCUAACUUGCAUGGACUUCGUACUAUUGUUUGUAUUGCUACUCCUAGUGGUGUUGUUGAAUUGGGUUCUAAUGAUGUUAUUCAAGAAAAUUGGGAAUUUGUUCAAUUCAUUAAGGCUUUAUUUGGAUCAAACAAUGAUAUGAAUACUACUUCUAAUCUACCUGCAGUCAAUCAAGUAACAUUGGAAGAUCAUCAGAAGAUUAUAAAAGAUGUAUCCCCCCAGCAAGAAGAAGACAAUACAAUAAAGCAAGAAAUAACUAUUGAAAAUUCCGAUUUUGAGAACGAUGACUCCUCAACAAUCAACAACAUUGUCAAUCGGUCAAUUAAACGCGCAAAAAAGGCGAUGGAUAUUCACGUUGAGGCAGAGAGAAAGCGAAGGGAAAAAUUAAAUCAUCGAUUCUACGCUCUACGUAGCGUAGUCCCAUACGUAUCCAAAAUGGAUAAAGCAUCAUUGCUAGCUGAUGCUGUUACUUAUAUCAAUGAGCUCAAAGCAAAUAUCAAAGAUUUAGAAUCUAAAUUAAUCAAGCUCCAGAAUAAAAAACGUCAUAAGAGCAAUAAUAGUAGCACUACAAUUAUGGACCAACAUGAUUCUCAUGAUAGUGUGUCUUCUAUUAGAACUGAUCGAACAAACAAUAAGUCAUUAUUUUCAACGCGAAAUAGGAUGGAAAUUGAAGCGAAAAUUAUAGGAUCGGAAGCUGUGAUUCGGGUUCAAUCAUUAGAUGUGAAUUAUCCAUGUAUGAGAUUGAUGAACGCGAUGAGAGAACUGGAGUUUCAGAUUUGCCAUGCAAGUGUUUCCAGUGUUAAAGAUUUGAUGUUACAAGAUAUUGUAAUUAGGGUUCCUGAAGAAUUUUCGAAUGAGGAAGCAUUGAAAUCUGCAAUUGCCACAAAAUUAUGUGUUAUUGAGAAUUAAUUAGUACGUAGUAAGUAUAUAUUAUUCAGUUAUAAUUAUCGAUGGCUUUCUUAUUAUCAGUGUAAUUCAGAUCAUGAUAAUGUAUAUUGUUUAUUAAGAAUCAGGACGUGUUAAUA